UGUGCUAAACAUCCGGGCUAUCUGUACUAUAGAGGGAAGAUGGCGGCGGCAGUACUACCUGCUGAUUGGAUAAAGAAUUGGGAAAAAUCCGGAAAAAAUGACUUCGUACAGUUGUGUCGCAGCCUCAGUGAAAAAGGACAGGAAAAUGUGACGUUCAAAGAUAUGGAGCAGGCUCUUUAUGAGCUUGCCUGUCAUGUAAUUAAAGGAAAUCUGAAGCAGGAUCAAGCUGCUGGAGUGCUGACCGAGAUCAUAGAUUUCAGGGAUGACAUGCCUUCUAUCCUAGCAGAUGUCUUCUGUGUUCUGGACAUUGAAACAAGCUGUUUGGAGGAGAAAUGGAAGAGAGAUCAUUUUACCCAGUUGGUCUCAUCGUGUUUGUAUCUGGUAUCUGACACUAUCCUGAAGGAGCGUCUGGAUCCUGAAACACUGGAAUCAUUAGGACUCAUCAAGCAGUCCCAGCAAUUCAAUCAGAAAUCUGUCAAAAUAAAGACAAAACUUUUUUAUAAACAGCAGAAAUUCAAUUUAUUACGAGAAGAAAAUGAAGGAUAUGCUAAAUUAAUUUCAGAGCUUGGGCAAGAUCUGUCGGGGAGUAUAACGAGCGAUUUAAUCCUGGAGAAUAUCAAAUCCUUGAUUGGAUGUUUUAACUUGGAUCCAAAUAGAGUUUUGGAUAUCAUCUUGGAAAUAUAUGAAUGCAGACCAGAUCAUGAUGAUUUUUUUGUCCCACUACUUGAAUCUUACAUGGGUAUGUGUGAACCUCAGACGCUCUGCCACAUCCUUGGAUUUAAAUUCAAGUUUUACCAGGAGCCUAAUGGAGAGACCCCCACUUCUUUGUACAGGGUCGCUGCUGUUCUUCUACAAUAUAAUUUGAUUGAUUUGGAAGACCUUUAUGUACAUCUUCUGCCAUUAGAUAGCAGCAUUCUUGAAGAACACAAAAAAGAAGUUGUAGAAGCGAGACAGCUAAUGAGAAAAAUGACGAUGGUGGUUCUUUCAUCUGAAAAGUCAGAAGAAAAAGAUAAAGAGAAAGAAAAGGACGAGGAAAAAGCGGAGAAGGCUCCUGACAACCAGAAACUUGGAUUACUGGAAGCUCUUCUGAAGAUCAGGGACUGGCAGCAUGCCCAAAGCAUAAUGGAUCAGAUGCCUCCAUUUUAUGCCACAUCACAUAAGCCUAUCGCAUUAGCACUGUGUCACCUUAUCCAUGUCACUAUAGAGCCCCUGUACCGAAGGGUUGGAGUGCCCAAAGGUGCCAAGGGAUCUCGUGUGUUCGCAUUGUCCAGCAAGAAAGCCCCCAAACCAGUGGAAUGCUUUGAAGACUUAAGAAGGGACGUUUUCAGCAUGCUUUGUUUCCUUGGACCAUACCUGUCGCAUGAUCCCAUUUUACUAGCAAAAAUAGUCCGCCUGGGCAAAUCUUUCAUGAAAGCUUAUGAGUUUCAGACUGAUUCAAGUAAAGCAGAAGAGAGAGAGAGGAUUGAAGUCCUGUUCAGCUGCUUUCUAAGCAUCACGGACCAAGUUUUACUCCCGUCAUUAACGUUAAUGGAUUGUAAUGCAUGUUUGUCCGAGGAACUCUGGGGCAUGAUCAAAACAUUUCCAUACCAAUACAGAUAUCGUCUCUAUGGACAGUGGAAGAAUGAAACCUAUACUAAUCAUCCAUUGCUUGUAAAAGUUAAAGCACAAACAAUUGAUAGAGCCAAAUACAUUAUGAAACGUCUCACGAAAGAAAAUGUGAAGCCAUCAGGACGGCAAAUAGGAAAACUAAGCCAUAGUAACCCAACGAUUUUGUUUGACUAUAUCCUGUCCCAGAUUCAGAAGUAUGACAACUUGAUAACGCCUGUCGUAGAUUCUCUGAAAUACCUCACGUCCCUGAACUACGAUGUCCUUGCAUACUGUAUCAUUGAAGCACUUGCAAAUCCUGAAAAGGAGAAGAUGAAGCAUGACGACACCACGAUCUCCAGUUGGCUGCAGAGCUUAGCUAGUUUUUGUGGAGCAAUUUUUAGAAAAUAUCCAAUUGAACUGGCUGGCCUUCUACAGUAUGUAGCAAAUCAGCUGAAAGCUGGCAAAAGCUUUGAUUUACUGAUUCUAAAAGAGGUGGUACAAAAGAUGGCUGGGAUAGAAAUUACAGAGGAAAUUACAAUGGAGCAGCUGGAAGCAAUGACUGGCGGAGAGCAACUUAAAGCUGAGGGUGGUUAUUUUGGACAAAUUAGAAAUACAAAGAAAUCCUCUCAGAGGUUAAAAGAUGCUUUGCUGGAUCAUGACCUGGCCCUUCCAUUGUGCCUGUUAAUGGCGCAGCAGAGGAAUGGCGUGGUUUUCCAAGAGGGAGGAGAGAAGCAUUUGAAGCUGGUGGGGAAGCUCUAUGAUCAGUGUCAUGACACACUAGUUCAGUUUGGUGGAUUUCUGGCAUCUAAUCUGAGCACAGAAGAUUACAUAAAGCGUGUUCCUUCAAUAGAUUUGUUAUGCAAUGAGUAUCACACCCCUCACGAUGCUGCGUUUUUCCUAUCCAGACCAAUGUAUGCACAUCACAUUUCCUCCAAGUAUGAUGAGCUAAAGAAGACUGAGAAGGGAAACAAACAGCAGCACAAGGUGCACAAGUACAUUUCAUCGUGUGAAGUGGUCAUGGCCCCCGUUCACGAAGCGGUCAUUUCCUUGCACCCGCCUAAAGUGUGGGAUGACAUCAGCCCCCAGUUUUAUGCCACCUUUUGGUCCUUGACAAUGUAUGACCUGGCUGUUCCAACUUCCAGCUACAACAGAGAGAUCAACAAGUUGAAGAUGCAAAUGAAAGCCAUCGAUGACAAUGUAGAAAUGCCUCUAAACAAGAAGAAAAAGGAAAAAGAAAGAUGCACGGCUCUGCAAGAAAAGCUGGUGGAGGAAGAGAAGAAGCAGUCGGAGCACGUGGCCAGAGUUCUCCAGCGCAUGAAACUGGAGAAGGACAACUGGCUCUUAGCACGAUCCACCAAGAAUGAGACUAUCACCAAAUUUUUACAGCUUUGUAUAUUUCCCCGCUGUGUGUUCUCCUCCAUCGAUGCAGUGUACUGUGCCCGGUUUGUAGAACUUGUACACCUACAGAAAACUCCUAACUUUUCUACACUACUUUGUUAUGAUCGAGUCUUCUCAGACAUCAUUUACACCGUUGCUAGUUGCACAGAAAAUGAAGCCAGCCGUUACGGAAGAUUUCUUUGUUGUAUGCUAGAAACUGUUACCAAGUGGCACAGUGAUCGGGCAGUAUAUGACAAGGAUUGUGGAAGCUACCCAGGUUUUGUCACAAUUUUAAGGGCGUCCAAUUUUGAUGGAGGCAACAAGGCUGACCAGUUAGAUUAUGAGAAUUUCCGGCAUGUCGUUCACAAAUGGCACUAUAAGCUAACGAAGGCAUCCGUUCAUUGUCUUGAGACAGGAGAAUAUACUCAUAUCCGGAACAUUCUUAUUGUACUGACCAAAAUUCUACCUUGGUAUCCUAAAGUGCUGAACUUGGGACAAGCCCUGGAACGAAGAGUGCACAAAAUCUGUCAAGAGGAGAAAGAAAAAAGACCUGAUCUUUAUGCAUUGGCCAUGGGCUACUCUGGACAGUUGAAAAGCAGGAAAUCUUUCAUGGUGCCUGAAAAUGAGUUUCAUCAUAAAGAUCCCCCUGCCAGGAAUAUCAUUCCACCUACAGUACAGAAUGGACCAGGAGCUGCCAGUCAGUCAGCCUCUGUCGUGGUGAAUGCAGCUAAACCCGAAGAAACCAGCACUGAAGAUAUUGAAAAACUGAAGGAUAAAUCUCAAAGUACCUUGAAAGUUGUUACCAAAGCUGCAAACAUAGCACCCAAGGUCACUGCAAACAAUGGAAGUAGCUCCUCAAACAGCAAAGUCAUUAAAGAAAAGGAAGACAAAGAUAAAGUGGGGAAGGAAAAGGAGAAAGAUAGAAAGGAGAAGACUCCAGCUGCUCCACAAGACACCAAGGCACCAGGCAAGGAUGGGAAGGAUAAAGUUAAGGAAGACCGGGCAAACAAAGAUGAAAAGCCGCGAGAAGUCAAAGAGAAAACACCAAAAUCUGACAAAGAGAAGGAAAAAAUGAAGAAGGAAGAAAAAUCUCAGAAGGAAGAGAAAUCUAAGGCUGCCGCAACAAGCACUGAAUCAAAGCUGGCUGCAGAGAAGGAGAGAGAAAAGGAGCCCCCUCGGGAGAAAGAUCUUUUUAAGGAAUCUAAAUUGAAAGAAAGUUCCAAAGGAGGAGAUAAAACCGCUGUUGCUGGGUCCUUGAAGUCCCCUGUUCCCAGAUCUGAGACCUCUGAGUCUGAAAGGGAACAAAAACGUCGUAAACUUGAUACGCAUUCUUCCCCAUCACAUUCCUCAGCAGUAAAGGACAACCUCAGUGAAUUUAAGGAAUCUUCAUCAAAGCACUACAUAAACCACAGUACCCCACCAGCAUCCAAGAGCAAAGAGCGAGAGGUAGAGAAGAAAGAGGUCGAUAAAACAAGGGAACGUUCCCGCGAAAGAGAGAAAAAGGAGGAAAAAGAAAGAAAAGAGAGAAAAAGGGAUCACUCAAACAGCGACCGCGAGGUGAACCUGGAGUCAAAAAGACGCAAAGAAGAGAAUGGAACUAGUGGUUCCUCCAAACACAGUAAAAGCGAGAGCCCGUCCGAUUCCCCUCGCUCUAAUGAGAAAGACCGAAGCAAAUCAAAAUCCUCAAACAAAGAAAAGGCAGAAAUAAUCAAAUCAGACAAGAUGGAGAAAAGUUCUUCCAGCAGCAAGAAGGAAUCUAGACACGACAAGGAGAAAUCCGAGAAGAAAGAGAAACGCGAUAGCGCUGGAGGAAAAGAGGAGAAGAAACACCAUAAAUCUUCGGAUAAACACAGAUAAUGUCUACGUACAGCAAGAAUACACUUUGAAGUAGUACAUGGGAUCCUGCAGCUGGAUGAUGACAAGAUGUAUCCAGGAGUCUAUUCACCACAAUAUGAUUUGCACAGAUUUCUCUCAAUGAAAAGGCCCAACUGCGUCUUCUUAAAUUAUUUUUCAGUUAUUUUUUCACCAUCAAGUAAAUGUUCAAGUUGUGCAUUACUGUAUUUUAAUGUGUCGCUAGUUUUCUUUUACGUUUAUUUUCAGUACAUGGCUGAAAGUGUUUACCUAUUCCAUAAUUUUAAGCACAAUGUGCUACAAACCGAGGAUUGCCGCCGUGCAGAUAGGGUUCCACAUUUAGUGUGUACAGAGUUUCUUUUGGUUGUCGGAGAAGAAAAACUGCCUGAAACUUUGCAAUUAUUUGCUAUAUGAAAUGCAUCCUUCUUAAUUGUUGCAACCGGAAAUAAACAGUUAUUCACCAGCUUUUGAAUUUAUCUCAUUUAACCUCAGUUUUAUUUAUUACCUGGCCUUGUAUGUGAGGCUUGCGGCGCACAGUUUCCCUGCUAAUUGAGAGCAAUUGUUUGUAUAUUGUGUAGAACGUAACGUGUCUGAAGAGGAGCGUGGGAAGCACGCCUUUUACUUGACUGUCCCCAAACACAAUUCUGUUUUUGUCAUAAUGUUUUUUGAAUCAAGGGAGAAUAAUUGUCACUCGCGAGGAGUUAGGGUUCAAAUAUACAAGUACAGAAGCUUUGUACCGCCGAACUAUAGUGUGAAAAGUUUCAAAGACUUUUUUAAGGAAAUUUUUAACUGAUAACUUCUACCAGUGUAAGCUUUUUUUCUAAAUAAACAAUAGUUUUCUCAA